GUCCUAUGAUCAAACAUAGAAAGUUGCAGACAGAUGAAGUUCCUCAGUUAGAAGCUGCAGUUAUCUGGAGAAGAUUGAACGGACUGAAGACUUGAGUGCGUACUUCACUUGCAUUAAGUGAAAAGAGGAUCUAUUUGGACAAAACACUUAACCUGAGCUGAAACUGGCAACUGAGCGACAUCAAACAAACACCCAACAAUGCAGCAAGCUGUGCUCCCGACUGGCUGUCACCUGGGCAAGAAGCUGCUGAUCUUGGAUGUGGAUGUUGGGGUGGAUGAUGCCCAGGCGCUGAUGAUGGCUCUGGCAGCUCCCAACGUGCACAUCCUGGCAAUAACCUGCACUCACGGUAACACGGGCAUCGAUAACGUGUGCAAGAACGUGCUGCGUGUGCUGAAACUGUGUAACAGGAUGGAGAUCCCUGUCUACCGUGGAGCAGGCACCUCUCUCCUGGGUGUAAUCCAUCACGACGCCGCUUACCAUGGGAAGGAUGGCAUGGGCGAUGUUCCCGAUCCCGACGCUCCGGGUGUGGAACAUAUAAAGUCCGAACACGCAGUGAAUGCCAUGGCACGGAUAGUUAAUGAGCACCCUGGGCAGGUCACUCUUGUUGCUCUUGGACCCCUGACCAACAUAGCCCUGGUUGCCAAGUUACACCCCACCUUUCCUUCAAAGCUGAAGGGUCUGUACAUCAUGGGUGGAAACAUGGAAGCCAGAGGGAAUGUGAGAGUCUGCGGCGAGUUCAACUUUGUCACAGACCCAGAAGCGGCUUCCAUUGUGCUGAGCCACUUCACUUGUCCCGUGUACAUCGCCACCUUGGAGUACAGCCUCCGCCAUCAUCUGUCCUGGGACUUUUACAAAAAGUGGGUGAAUCAAGACACCCCAAAGGCUCGGUUCAUGAAGAAGAUAUCUGCACAUACUGCGAACUACACCCAGGAAGGCAUAGGUAGCAAUGAGUUGGUGUUUGGAAGUGGCUUUGUGUCCUGUGAUUCGUACGCAAUGUCUGCUGCCAUCGAUGACUCGGUGGUGACAAAGCGCGCCCAGUACGGGGUGAGUGUGGAGUUGCACGGUUCUCUGACCAGAGCCAUGAUGAUCGUGGACACCCUCGACAUCCUGAAGCUCCCACACAAAGUCACCGUCUUCCUGGGAUGUGACAUGGAAAAGUUCAAGCAGCUGAUGAAUAACGCCCUGAAAUAAGAUGCGGUACGUCCCACAUGGAAGAACAUAAAGCCAACAGUGCUUGAGUUACAAUUAUACACAAUGCCAACUAACGCCAAUAAAAUUUAUACUGCAAUAACAGACUAUUGAUACCUUAAAAUUGGGGUAUUCAACGCUACCAAUAACUCAUUAUUAUCUUGUUUAUAAAGGCAUUUAAAGUCAAACUAAACCAGUUAGGAGAUUAACUAUUAAAUCUGUCGUGGAAAUUUGAUCAUCUUUUUUAAGUAUGAAAUAUUUACACUAACCUUUCCCAAGGAAAUUAAAUGGAAGGUAUGGGAAAAUUGAAUGGUGUUUGCCAUUGUUAACUCAUAAGAUCCCUCAACCCCACCUCUGAACCUUAUUCGGAAACCUUCCUUAUUGUGAUAUCUCGAGAGUUGACUGUUCCGAUGCUGUGGUAUCUCAGUGGGACAAGGCAGCAUCUCUGGAGAGAAGGAAUGGGUGACAUUUCGGGUCAAGUACAAGUUAUGUACCAGUUUCCGUCACCCCCUGACUCUCAGUCUGAAGAAUGGUCUCGAUCCGAAACGUCACCCAUUGUUACUCCAGCAUUGUGUGCCUAACUUCAGUGUAAACCAGCAUCUGCAGUUCAUUCCAACACUAUUCUGAUGCCGCACUGGUUUCCAUCCUCAUUUCUUGCCACCGCAAAUUUAACCAAAUCACUGCCAGUGAAGUCUCCCCAUCACUCUCUGCUCAAUAGUCCAUGCCCAACAUAUCCUACUCUCCGCCCACCACCUCCAGGCUUCAAAGUUCUCUACGUCUGUUGCCUCCUCCAGCCCUGUGACCCGUGAAGGCCGUGCGCUUUAGAAGUCUCUUCCUAAGCCUCUUAAACCCCACGCUCUCUUCCCCAGCAGAGAGAUUAAUGGCAUCUUAUAUCCUGUGUGAUUCAGCCUUUAAUAUGAUUCAUAUGAUAAAUCCGGCCUAUGAAUACAUAUCAUUGUUUAUUAAGAUGCCUAAUUGGAUUUGGGUUCAUUUUGUUGUGAUCAGAGAUGUCAAUUUCAAAGACAUGGUUUGCCUUGAUAUUUCAAGCUGUUAACACUCCACAGGAGAACUGACAUGAGAAGAUUUAUUUGAUAUGGUGACAAUAUAACGUCAUAAAAAUAGGCUUUGCUUUUGCUGAAUCUCGUGGGAACCACUGAAUUCAUAUUGUGAUGGCUCAUAAAUACUGUGUGAAUUAAUAGAAAAUAAAGGUUGAAUGGAACUAAA